AUGGUGGGUCACAGGUUUACCAGACAUGAACGCAUGACGAAGUCAGUGGUGGGUAUGCUUACUAAAACAGCCUCUUUCCCAAGUCGCCAGAACCGCAGGAACGACAAAGUGGUGUCCGCAGCAGUUCCUACUACGAACUUUGGCGCCCACUCCAAACCUCCAGGUGCUAUCCCCGGUUCCGCAUACGGUCGCCCAACCGCCCUCAAGCCAUCCCUCGAACAGUCGGCUAAUUUACGACAAACAAUCACUCAUACAGGUUCCCCUGCCACUGGCGCCAAUGGCUUAACAGAAACAUCCUUUUCUCCUAACCUCAGUCAGGCCGUGUCCGGCGAUAACCCCUCUAGUCGUUCCGAUGAGGAUCCCUUCGCUGGCUUUGGUGACUAUCAACCCUCUGAGGGCAUGGCUGCCGGUGUCACUGGUAGUAGUGGUGGCCAGAAAGUUACGCCGUCACAAGGCAGACGGAUAAACAUUCUUGCAGUUAUGAACGCACCCGGCAACCAGCCAGCCGAACUAAUGAAUGCAUCCGUCUUCCCGGCCUUGGUCGUUCAGAUGCGCUGUGACCGAUACGUUGGUGGCUAA